GCGGUGGUUUUGGGUGUUCCUGGGUUUGUUCCGGCACCGUCAGGCCGGUCCGGGACUCUGGUGACGGGACCGAGAAGGCGCGCGGGGAGGAGCUGUCCCUGCCGCACAGACUUAGGGACACCGCCCGGGCUGCCCCGCGCCGGGGCCGAGACGGGGACGGCCGGUCCGGGUGUCCGCUCCGCACACCGAGUCCGAUGGCGGCGGCCGCGCCCAGGGAGCCGCCGCAGGACAAUGUGACUUUGGAGGAUGUGGCUGUGUACUUCUCCUGGGAGGAAUGGGGUCUCCUUGAUGAAGCUCAGAGACGCCUGUACCAUGAUGUGAUGCUGGAGAACUUGGCACUGAUAACUUCUCUGGAUUGUUUGUGUGGCAUAGAGCAUGAGGAGGUGCCUUCUGGACAGAAUGUUUCUCUGGGAAGAAUGCCACAAAUCAGGUCUUCAGAGCCAAAUCCAUCCACUGAGAAGGUUCAUUUCUGUGAGAUGUGUGUUUCUGUCAUGAAAGAUAUUUUGUACCUGGCUGAGCAUCAAGAAACACAUACUGGGGAGAAGUCAUACACAUGUGUGGCAUGUGGGAAACACUUCUGUUUCAGUGCAGAUCUUCACCAACACCAGAAUGAGCACAGUGGGAGAAAGCCCAAUACCAAGGACAUGGACAGGGCUUCCUUUGUGAAGACCUAUAGAAGUCAUUCAUUAGGGAAGCCUUUCACCUGUGAGGUUGAAAAGGACUUCUUGGCCAGUUUGGGACUUCUCCAGCAUCAGGCCACUCCCAAAGCAGUACUGAGUAUACACAACAGUACUAAGUGUGAGGGUUCCUUUCACAGUAGAAAAAGUUCUUACAAAUGCGGUGAAUGUGGAAAAGCCUUCUGUCACAAACGUACACUUGUUCAGCACCAAAGAAUUCACACUGGAGAAGGACUGUUUGAGUGCAUUGAAUGUGGGAAAACCUUCAGCUACAAGCAUACAUUUGUUCAGCAUAAGACAGUCCACACUGGAGAAAAGCCUUUUGAGUGCAGUGAAUGUGGAAAGGCCUUCAGGUUCAAAUAUAAACUUGUUCAGCACCAACGUACUCACACUGGAGAAAGGCCUUAUGUGUGUAGUGAAUGUGGGAAAGCUUUUGGAUGCAAAUCCAAACUUGUUCGGCACCAGAGAAUUCACACCGGAGCAAGGCCUUAUGAAUGUGCUGAAUGUGGCAAAUUCUUUAGACAAAGUUCCAGCCUUGUUCAACAUCGGAGAAUUCACACUGGAGCAAGGCCUUAUGAAUGUGACGAAUGUGGGAAGUCUUUUAGCCAAAGCUCUAUCCUCAUUCAGCACCGGAGAGUUCACACUGGAGAAAGGCCAUAUGAGUGCAGUGAAUGUGGGAAAUUCUUUAGACAAAGCUCCAGCCUCAUUCAGCACCGGAGAGUUCACACGGGAGCAAGGCCUUACGAGUGUAGUGAAUGUGGAAAAUCCUUUAGCCAAAGUUUUAGCCUCAUUCUACAUCGGAGAAUUCACACUGGAGAAAGGCCUUAUAAAUGCAGUGAAUGUGGGAAAUCCUUUAGCCAAAACUAUAGCCUCAUUCAACACCAUAAACUUCACACUAGAAAAAGGCCUCAGGAGUGCAGCGAAUGUGGGAAGGCCUUCAACCGCAAAGACACACUCGUCCAGCACCAGAGAAUCCAUACAGGAGAAAGGCCUUACGAGUGCAGUGAAUGUGGGAAAGCCUUCAGCCGCAAAGCCACCCUUAUCCAGCACCAGAGAAUCCAUACCGGAGAAAGGCCUUACGAGUGCAAAGAAUGUGGGAAAGCGUUUAGCCGCAAAGACAACCUUACUCAACACAGAAGAAUUCACACUGGAGAAAUGCCUUACAAGUGUAGUGAAUGUGGAAAAUACUUUAGCCAUCACUCCAACCUAAUUGUACACCAGAGAGUUCACAAUGGAGCGAGGCCUUAUAAGUGUAACAAUUGUGGGAAAGUCUUCAGACACAAAUCCACACUUGUUCAACAUGAGAGUAUCCAUACUGGGGAAAAUCCUUAUGUUUGCAGUGAUUGUGGGAAAUCCUUUGGCCACAAAUACACUCUCAUUAAACACCAGAGAAUUCACACAGAGGCAAGGCCUUUUGAGUGCGUUGAAUGUGGGAAAUUCUUUAGUCGAAGCUCUGACUUUAUUGCACACCAGAGAGUUCACACGGGGGAAAGGCCAUUUGUGUGCAGCAAAUGUGGGAAAGAUUUCAUCAGAACAUCCCACCUUGUUAGGCACCAAAAAGUUCACACUGGAGAAAGGCCAUAUGAGUGCAAUGAAUGUGGGAAAGCCUAUAGUUUAAGCUCCCACCUCAUCCGGCACCAGAAAGUUCACACUGCAGGAAGGCUUUAGGAGUGCUUUCAACACAACAGGAUUCAUAGGGGGAGGAGCUCUGUGAUUACCCUUUGAGAGGAAGACAUCAAUCAGAUGUUGAACCCUCAUAUAUCAGCAUUACCACCAGGGAGAUACCUUAUGAAUGCCAGGUACAGGGAAGCUUUCGUGGGUUGUGUUGCACUUUCAAACAGGUCCUUGCCAGAUUUGUCACGCAAUGCCUGUGGCUGAAACCAUCUCAGCUCUACCAGCUUAGUUACCAUAACAUCCUCAGGGAAGGUAGAAUUUUGUACUCUCCAGUCCCUGGAGGGAAUUACAAGAAUCCUGAAUUAAAUGGGAUUUCUCAUUUCCUCCACACUGACUGAUAAAAGGUGUGGACUUUACAUCUUUAGCCAAGAGGAUCUGAGCUGUGUUCUGGCUUACAGAAAAGGUUUACUUUCUUCAUGGACAUUGUUGGUCUCAUGUGGUACUUGUGACAGAUUUCCAGCCUCCAAUUCACCUAACCUGGAGAACUACUUGUCUUACGUUGCUCUGGUUUCUGUGAUAAUAAAGACCUUAUUAUUUAAGCCAUC